AUGGCGCUCAUUCGCCGCGCCAAAGCCAUCGCGAACGUCGCCGAGGCGGAAAAGCGCGACGCCGAGCGCCUGCGACGAGCCGAGCAGCGCUGGGGACAGGCGAUCACGCGCGACGGACGACGGUACUACUUCGAUAAGAUCGAGCGCGGGACGGUGCAGUGGGAGUGCCCGCGCGAGCUCAAGGGGACGCGGACGCGAACGCUUCGCGCGGACGUCGUCGAAUCCCCGACGCUGCCCGACGGCUGGCGCGAGCUCAGGAGCGAGACCGCGGAGAAGAUUCCGUAUUAUUGGAACAUGCACACCGGGCUCGUGCAGUGGGAGCGGCCGAGGAACGAGGCGCUGGCGGUCGCCGUCGUCGUGCCCGCGCGCGCCGCCGGCGCGGCGUCGCGGUAG